CGCUACGGUACGCCAUUUGUGUCUAGCAGCAAAAAGCGCGGAUCGUGGAAGUUGUCGUUCAACAAGAGGAGUCUGAUCCAGCUUUGAGGAUCAACUUUACUGUUGUAUAACUACAGCAGGAUAUGAUAUGGAUACGACAGUGAGAUCAGAAAAAGAGGCUGUUGAGGACAGAGUGCUUGAAGAUGACUCCAGUGAGGAGGUGCAGCCAGAUGAUGUGGAAAUGGAGGAAACUAACUCCCCCAGCAGGGCUGCCAAGCCUGAUGAAGCAGAUGAGGAACUAACUCAGAGUAUGCAGGUGGACUCUGUAGCUGAAAAUGGAGAUAGCCUCUGCACAGUUUGUGGCUUCUCCGCCAAAUGUCCGAGAUCACUGAAGAUUCAUUAUGCAAGAAAGCAUGGAAAGAACUCAAAGAAUACCAGCAGAACUGCAAAACAAGCUGAAAAAAGUGAAGAUAUCUCUGAUAUGAAUCCGGCUGAAAUUGAAGUAGAAAUGGAGACAGAAGAUUCUGCUGAAGUUAAACAAAAACAGGAAUCUGAGCUUGAUGAGCUGAAAUUUUCAGGCAAUGACAACAGCAAGAACACAAAUAGUUUAACCGAAAAGGAAACUGUAAUGGACAAACCACAGGCAGAUCAAGAGGAAGCAACACCUAUCCAAGAGAGAAGAGUAAGCAAGCGAACCCCAAAACCUAAGAUGAUAUAUUCUUGCAACUACUGUGGACAAGAGUUUAGGGACAAGUCCCCUCUGGAUGUGCAUGUCCAGAGAUACCACACCAAAGACACCCCAUACACAUUUGCAGGAGAUGAGAGCAUGGAUGAAGAAAAGGCACCCGAGGAUCCUGGCAGCACUCUGAAGGCCACUCCAACUCAAGUGGCGGUUAAACGUACGCACAGCAGGUUCCAGCUCAAGUGUACCAACUGUGAUUUUAGGGUUAGCACCCCUGCACUGCUGGAGAGCCAUGCUCGAGUCAAACACCUGAACAAGGAGUGGUACCACUGCAAAUUGUGUAACUUCUUUUCAGCCACAUCUGCGUGGAUGGAUGCUCACCUGUCAUCAGAAAGCCACAUGCAGCUGCAGAAAGGAGAGAAAAUCACAGAUUUAAAUUCCUCAUAUGAUCUUUACGUUGAGAGUGUAAGCAGGGGCGAUGCUGGCGAUGGUGCUAUUGUAGAUGAUGUGGCUCAGGUGGCUGGUGGAGAAGGGGCAGCUACUUCAGCAGGAGGAGAUCAGGAAACUGAGGAGGUUGCCAAAGCUGUGCUGGUUGACGAGGACGAUUCAGAGCUUGAAUCUCCCAAAAAGAAAAGAGGAAGACCAAAGCUAGGAUCCACGACUACUUGUGGAUACUGUGGCUUGGUUGUGUCCAACGCUACUAACCUCAGUGUCCAUGUCCGCCGCAAACACAGCAAGGAGUAUGGCUACAGCUGCACUCUGUGCAACUACAGCUGCGUGACCAAAGGAGACAUGGAUCGUCAUUGUUUCACAAAGAAACACGUUAAACGUGCACAAGAAUGUGCAAAUAAGAAUCUUGUCAACAAUCACACGAGCGCGUCACCGCAGGAACCCACAACUGCAGAAGCCCAGGAACCAAACGUGGCUUCACAGACCACCGACAAAGAACCAGAGUCUGACAUCACAGCCUCCAAAGAACACAGUGGAGAAGAGCAAAAUGAGUCAGACAGCCAGAAAAAAAGUAAAUAUGACUCUGUUAAUGCUUGCAGCCAUUGCGAUUUUGUAGCUCAGUCACUUCCUUCGCUCCACCUUCACGUCAAGAGAAAGCACACCAAAGAUUUUGAGUAUGUCUGCCUAGCAUGUAGCUAUUACGCUGUAACAAGCAGAGAAAUGUCUCGCCAUGCCAACACGGAAAAGCACAAACAGAAAAGCCAGAGAUACCUGGAACCGCUAGGGAGUGAGGGACAGAGAGCUUUAGCAGACCCAAUGAAGAUGAAGGAGGUCAUUGAGCUUGUGGGGGCAAACUCUAACCCUGAAUGUGAACCUCUUAGCCCCACAGGAGAGUCUGACUCUUGUUCUGAUGACAUCCAAGCUGUGGUAAUUCAGAGUACAGCUUCACCCUCUGGCUCCACAGAGCCUGCUGAUGCUGUGGCUCGCGUGGCUAGCAGUGCAGAUGAGAAGCAAACAGAGAGUGUUGCAUCUUCCGGUCAUGGUGGACCAGAUCCAACCAGUGAGACAGUUGGACCUACAGCAGUGUGUGAAGCCCAGCAGGCUCCAAGAGAUGUUCAGCCUGCAGUGGAUCAGUCUGCACAGCAAGAGCGCCAGGAGGAAGGGGGCAAACAAGCAGAUGAAGAACACUUGAAUGCAGAUGUCAAAAGUGACAGCUCUCAUUCAGAUACACAAAUGUCCAAAGCCCCUCCCUUUGACGCCUGCAUUGUAUCCAUGAAGGCGCUUGCUGAGCAGGAGCAGGAGCUGCAGGAAGGUCUGGCUCUCGAGGGAGAAGCUGCUGUGAUAUGUCUUACGGAAGGUUCAUCGGUGCCCUCUGGCUUCCUGCCCCCUAAUUCUUCCUAUAUCAAGAAGCUCAAACAAAAAGAAAUAAAGAUGAGAGAGGAAGCCAAAGUAAUCUCUCGCAUACGCUGCGAAGACUGUGGCUUCAUGGCCGACGGUAUCAGUGGUCUCAACGUCCACAUCUCCAUGAAGCACCCGUCCAAGGAGAAGCAUUUCCACUGCUUGGUGUGUGGCAAGUCGUUCUACACCGAGAGCAACCUGCACCAGCACUUGACCAGCGCUGCCCACCUUCGCAACGAGCAGAACAGCGUGGAGGAGCUGCCAGAGGGGGGCGCGAGCUUUAAGUGCGUGAAAUGCACAGACCGCUUUGAGUCGGAGCAGGAACUGUUUGUUCACAUCAAGGAGAAACACGAGGAGCUUCUGAGGGAGGUCAACAAGUACGUGUUAGAGGACACGGAGCAGAUCAACCGUGAGCGGGAGGAGAACCAGGGCAGCGUGUGUAAAUACUGUGGCAAGGUUUGCAAGAGCAGCAACUCCAUGGCCUUCCUGGCACACAUUCGCACACACACUGGAUCCAAGCCCUUCAGGUGUAAGAUCUGCAACUUUGCAACUGCUCAGCUAGGAGACGCCAGGAACCACGUCAAGAGACACCUGGGCAUGAGAGAGUACAAAUGUGACAUCUGUGGAUGGGCCUUUGUGAUGAAGAAACACCUCAGCACCCACCUGCUGGGAAAACAUGGAGUUGGACAGCGUAAAGAGAGGAAGUUUGAAUGCGAGUUGUGUGACCGCUCCUUCAGUGAAAAAUGGGCCCUGAACAACCAUAUGAAACUGCACAGUGGGGAGAAACCAUAUAAGUGUGCCUGGCCAUCCUGCCACUACGCCUUCCUCAACCUGUCAGCAAUGAAGGACCACUACAGGACACACACAGGAGAGAAGUCUUAUCUGUGUGACCUGUGCGGUUUUGCUGGAGGCACGAGACACGCCCUCACCAAACACAGACGGCAACACACAGGAGAAAGACCCUUCAAAUGUAAGCUCUGCAACUUCGCCUCCACCACACAGUCCCACCUAUCGCGGCACAAACGGGUCCACACUGGGGAGAAACCAUACCGCUGCCCCUGGUGCGACUACAGAUCCAACUGUGCUGAGAACAUCCGGAAGCACAUUCUCCAUACGGGCAAACAUGAGGGCGUGAAGAUGUACAACUGUCCCAAAUGUAACUAUGCCACCAACUCUCCCAUGGAGUUCCGCAACCACCUGAAGGAAAAUCACCCUGAUAUUGAGAAUCCAGACCUCGCCUACCUACAUGCAGGUAUCGUGUCCAAGUCUUUUGAGUGUCGUCUGAAGGGUCAGGGGGCUACGUUUGUGGAAGCAGAAGCUGUGGACUCCCCUGUGCACAUUAAGGGCUCAUCCGACGCAUCUGGCCACGAUGACGCCAUUCAGCAGGUCAUCAUUAUCCAGGGCUACGGCGAUGGAGAGGUGGCCAUCGACCAGGCAUUGGAGGAGUCUGCGGCCGCCACCUUGCAGACGCUGGCCAUGGCCGGCCAGGUAGCAGAGGUGCUCCACAUCACAGAAGACGGGCAAGUCAUAGCCUCGGGCAGGGAAGUGGCAUCUGCAGGGGCCCACCUAGCUGGAGGCAGCACCCAGUAUGUGGUGCUGGAGUCGGGGGAGGCUAAGAAAGAGCUGCGGGCUGUGGCUAGAGGAGGGGUAGCAGUCGCAGCCACAGGACAAGGUCACAUUGUCUCGGAGUCGUCCACAGCUCUGGAUGCUCUGCUUAGCGCCGUCAGCGAAAUGGGCCAUCAGGAGGAAAUGCAAGGGGGGGCAACCGUCGUUCACGAGGUCCUGACCCCCGAGAUAGCUGAGGCCAUGCAGAGUGAAGCACAGCCAGUCGUGAAACAGGAGCAGGAGGAGGUGCAGGUCAUUCAGGAGGCUGGCCAGGAGGAGAUGCAGGAGGUGCUGCAGCUUGCUGCAACCCAGAUGAUGAAGGAAGGUUUAACGCAAGUUAUCGUCAACGACGAAGGAACGCAUUACAUCGUCACAGAGCUGGACAACUGUACCUUACAGGUGGAGGGAAGCGUGUAUGGAGAGGGUGGGGCGGGUGACGGGGAGGUGCAGCAGGCAGAGCAGCAGACUGGAGAAGAGAUGGUGGUCUAUCUGGAUGGAGCUCCUCAUAAUAUAGUUCUGGAAGAGUAAGAAGAGAGAAAUUAACUAAAAGAGGUGCAUUUGUUGUUUCAUCUCCAUUUUCCAUGUUUAAUUCUGUUAAAGCCCGCUUUUUAAAACAUAAUUUUUAUUUUUUUUAUUCUCUUAGGCAAUGCUAAACUCAGGUUAAACAUCAUAUAUUCAGAGGAACAGUGAAAGAAACUGGUUUUGGUGCUAAGUGAGUUAACUUGCAACCUCCAAGGCUAUAUUAACCACUUGAUUAAUGCCUUGCGACUUAAGGAAAUUAAUAUAUUUCCUCAUAAUUUUUUUCAAAUGCAUCUAAUAUUCUGAGGAUGAAAUGGUUCAUUACAAAGGAAAAUGAGUAUUCUUCUUUUGUGUUCUUUAAGAUACCUUUGUUUGCCAUAAGUUUUGUUUGUGAUGUUAGAAUUUUGACUAUGACACAAAGAUUUAUUCAUUCUUGUCUAUUUAGUUGUUUCUUUCCAUCUUUUAUAGGGAUUAGUAUAUUAUUUGUUAUAAAAAUAAUAAUUUGAUAAAUUUUGGACAGAUCAUACGGAUGAUUAAUAUGAAACAAAGUUGAGUUAAAAAUUAUACAUUUCUGGUUUUUGUUAACCCCUCAACUCCCAUUAAAGGGAUAGUUUAGAUUUUUUAAAGUGGGAACAAUGUGGUAAUCCAUAGUUAGUGUUUUACCUACAGUAGAUGGUGGGUCUGCACGCCCAGAGUCAGACACGUAAGAUCAGCAAUAUACUACUGUGCAAUAACAUGUAUAAUAGCCACUCUACAAAAAGUUCCACCUAAAUCAAUCAAUAUCAGUUUAAGUGCACAAUAUAAGUAAUUUCACAGAUUUACCUUAAAGUCAGACAGUGGUUUAGACAGAACUGAAGCUACUAUAUAACUUUUUUCAGUGCCAGACUCCUGUGUGACUUUGGCAUUUUAAGUUAGUUCAGAUUCACCAGAGUCACAUAUUAACACAAACUAACUGAUGGAAGCAGUGGUAGACCAGCCGCAACUGUGUUCAGCAAGGCAAAAUUACUGUUCUCUGUUUUCUGUCUGAUGGCAAGGUAAAGCUGUAAAAGUACUCUUUAUAUAUCAUACACUGAAUCUGUUAUAGAAUUGUUCGGUUGUUUUUUAAGGAGGCUAAAAAGCGUUAUAUUGCUGACUUUAUCCACAGCAGUAAAUAACCUUAGCUUUUGUGUUUAACUCCAGCCUGCCUCUCUCUUAACUGGGGGCAUGCCGAUCAUAGUCCACUGUAGGUAACACACCGACUGUGGAUAAGUACCUGACAAGACUCAACUUAAAAAAAUCUGAACUAUCCCUAUAAUGAAAAUUCAUUUCUGACAAUAAAGAUUGAGUCUAAUUUUUAA